AAAAGGUGUUCAGGCCUUGCUUUCUGCUUCUAAAAUUACUAACUGCCCAGGACCAUCAGUUCAUUUCUUCAACUGUGGCUCCAACAAAUCUUUCGUUGUUUGCUGGCCCAGCGUUACAGUGUUUCUGCCACCUCUGUACAAAAGACAAUUUUACUUGUGUGACAGAUGGGCUCUGCUUUGUCUCUGUCACAGAGACCACAGACAAAGUUAUACACAACAGCAUGUGUAUAGCUGAAAUUGACUUAAUUCCUCGAGAUAGGCCGUUUGUAUGUGCGCCCUCUUCAAAAACUGGGUCUGUGACUACAACAUAUUGCUGCAAUCAGGACCAUUGCAAUAAAAUAGAACUUCCAACUACUGUAAAGUCAUCACCUGGCCUUGGUCCCGUGGAACUGGCAGCUGUCAUUGCUGGACCAGUGUGCUUCGUCUGCAUCUCACUCAUGUUGAUGGUCUAUAUCUGCCACAACCGCACUGUCAUUCACCAUCGAGUGCCAAAUGAAGAGGACCCUUCAUUAGAUCGCCCUUUUAUUUCAGAGGGUACUACGUUGAAAGACUUAAUUUAUGAUAUGACAACGUCAGGUUCUGGCUCAGGUUUACCAUUGCUUGUUCAGAGAACAAUUGCGAGAACUAUUGUGUUACAAGAAAGCAUUGGCAAAGGUCGAUUUGGAGAAGUUUGGAGAGGAAAGUGGCGGGGAGAAGAAGUUGCUGUUAAGAUAUUCUCCUCUAGAGAAGAACGUUCGUGGUUCCGUGAGGCAGAGAUUUAUCAAACUGUAAUGUUACGUCAUGAAAACAUCCUGGGAUUUAUAGCAGCAGACAAUAAAGACAAUGGUACUUGGACUCAACUCUGGUUGGUGUCAGAUUAUCAUGAGCAUGGAUCCCUUUUUGAUUACUUAAACAGAUACACAGUUACUGUGGAAGGAAUGAUAAAACUUGCUCUGUCCACGGCGAGCGGUCUUGCCCAUCUUCACAUGGAGAUUGUUGGUACCCAAGGAAAGCCAGCCAUUGCUCAUAGAGAUUUGAAAUCAAAGAAUAUCUUGGUAAAGAAGAAUGGAACUUGCUGUAUUGCAGACUUAGGACUGGCAGUAAGACAUGAUUCAGCCACAGAUACCAUUGAUAUUGCUCCAAACCACAGAGUGGGAACAAAAAGGUACAUGGCCCCUGAAGUUCUCGAUGAUUCCAUAAAUAUGAAACAUUUUGAAUCCUUCAAACGUGCUGACAUCUAUGCAAUGGGCUUAGUAUUCUGGGAAAUUGCUCGACGAUGUUCCAUUGGUGGAAUUCAUGAAGAUUACCAACUGCCUUAUUAUGAUCUUGUACCUUCUGACCCAUCAGUUGAAGAAAUGAGAAAAGUUGUUUGUGAACAGAAGUUAAGGCCAAAUAUCCCAAACAGAUGGCAGAGCUGUGAAGCCUUGAGAGUAAUGGCUAAAAUUAUGAGAGAAUGUUGGUAUGCCAAUGGAGCAGCUAGGCUUACAGCAUUGCGGAUUAAGAAAACAUUAUCACAACUCAGUCAACAGGAAGGCAUCAAAAUGUAAUUCUACAGCUUUGCCUGAACUCUACUUUUUUCUUCAGAUCUGCUCCUGGGUUUUAAUUUGGGAGGUCAAUUGUUCUACCUCACUGAGAGGGAACAGAAGGAUGUUGCUUCCUUUUGCAGCAGUGUAAUAAAGUCAAUUAAAAACUUCCCAGGAUUUCUUUGGACCCAGGAAACAGCCAUGUGGGUCCUUUCUGUGCACUAUGAACGCUUCUUUCCCAGGACAGUUACAAAAUGUUGUGUAGUCUACCUUUAUUUUUUAUUAACAAAACUUGUUUUUUAAAAAGAUGAUUGCUGGUCUUAACUUUAGGUAACUCUGCUGUGCUGGAGAUCAUCUUUAAGGGCAAAGGAGUUGGAUUGCUGAAUUAUAAUGAAACAUUUCUUAUUACUGAAGAAAGUGAUUUACUCCUGGUUAGUACAUUCUCAGAGGAUUCUGAACCACUAGAGUUUCCUUGAUUCAGACUUUGAAUGUACUGUUCUAUAGUUUUUCAGGAUCUUAAAACUAACACUUAUAAAACUCUUAUCUUGAGUCUAAAAAUGACCUCAUAUAGUAGUGAGGAACAUAAUUUAUGCAAUAGUAUUUUGUAUACUAUUAUUGUUCUUUCACUUAUUCAGAACAUUACAUGCCUUCAGAAUGGGAUUGUACUAUACCAGUAAGUGCCACUUCUGUGUCUUUCUAAUGGAAAUGAGUAGAAUUGCUGAAAGUCUCUGUGUUAAAACCUAUAGUGUUUGAAUUCAAAAAGCUUAUUUAUCUGGGUAACCCAAACUUUUUCUGUUUUGUUUUUUGGAAGAGUUUUUGUGGUAUGUCAUUUGGUAUUCUAUUUUGAAAAUGCCUUUCUCCUACCAAAAUGUGCUUAAGCCACUAAAGAAAUGAAGUGGCAUUAAUUAGUAAAUUGUUAGCAUGGUCAUGUUUGAAUAUUCUCACAUCAAGCUUUUGCAUUUUAAUUGUGUUGUCUAAGUAUACUUUUAAAAAAUCAAGUGGCACUCUAGAUGCUUAUAGUACUUUAAUAUUUGUAGCAUACAGACUAAUUUUUCUAAAAGGGAAAGUUUGUCUAGCUGCUUGUGAAAAGUUAUGUGGUAUUCUGUAAGCCAUUUUUUUCUUUAUCUGUUCAAAGACAGUGUUAUUUUUUAAAGACAUGAAUUACAUUUAAAAUUAGAAUAUGGUUAAUAUUAAAUAAUAGGCCUUUUUCUAGGAAGGCAAAGGUAGUUAAUAAUUUGAAUAGGUAACAGAUGUGCAAGAAAGUCACAUUUGUUAUGUAUGUAGGAGUAAACAUUCGGUGGAUCCUCUGUCUUUGUAACUGAGGUUAGAGCUAGUGUGGUUUUGAGGUCUCACUACACUUUGAGGAAGGCAGCUUUUAAUUCAGUGUUUCCUUAUGUGUGCAUACAUUGCAAUUGCUUACUUUACAUGUAAUUUAUGUAAUGCAUUCAGUGCACCCUUGAUACUUGGGAGAGGUGGUAGCUAAAGAACAUUCUGAGUAUAGGUUUUUCUCCAUUUACAGAUGUCUUUGGUCAAAUAUUGAAAGCAAACUUGUCAUGAUCUUCUCACAUUAAGUUGAAACUAGCUUAUAAUAACUGGUUUUUACUUCCAAUGCUGUGAAGUCUCUGCAGGGCUUUUACAGUUUUCGAAGUCCUUUUAUCACUGUGAUCUUAUUCUGAGGGGAGAAAAAACUAUCAUAGCUGUGAGGCAAGACUUCGACUUCAUAGUGCUAUCAGUUCCCCGAUACAGGGUCAGAGUAACCCAUACAGUAUUUUGGUCAGGAAGAGAAAGUGGCCAUUUACACUGAAUGAGUUGCAUUCUGAUAAUGUCUUAUCUCUUAUAUGUAGAAUAAAUUUGAAAGACUAUUUGGUCUUAAAACCAAAGUAAUUUUAGAAUGAGUGACAUAUUACAUAGGAAUUUAGUGUCAAUUUCAUGUGUUUAAAAACAUCAUGGGAAAAAUGCUUAGAGGUUACUAUUUUGACUACAAAGUUGAGUUUUUUUCUGUAGAUACCAUAAUUUCAUUGAAGCAAAUGAAUGGGUUUGAGAGGUUUGUUUUUAUAGUUGUGUUGUAUUACUUGUUUAAUAAUAAUCUCUAAUUCUGUGAUCAGGUACUUUUUUUGUGGGGUUUUUUGUUUUUUGUUUUUUGUUUUUCCUGGGCCAUUUCUAAGCCUACCAGAUCUGCUUUAUGAAAUCCAGGGGACCAAUGCAUUUUAUCACUAAAACUAUUUUUAUAUAAUUUUAAGAAUAUACCAAAAGUUGUCUGAUUUAAAGUUAUAAUACAUGAUUUCUCACUUUCAUGUAAGGUUAUCCACUUUUGCUGAAGAUAUUUUUUACUGAAUCAAAGAUUGAGUUACAAUUAUACUUUUCUUACCUAAGUGGAUAAACUGUACUUCUGAUGAAUCAGGGAAUUUUUUUAAAGUUGGAGUUUAGUUCUAAAUUGACUCUACAUAUUACUGCAGUUAAUUCCUUUUUUGGCUAGGGAUGGUUUGAUAAACCACAAUUGGCUGAUAUUGAAAAUGAAAGUAACUUAAAAGGUGGGAUGGAUCAUGAUUACUGUCGAUAACUGCAGAUAAAUUUGAUUAGAGUAAUAGUUUUGUCGUUUAAAAACACAGUCGUUUAUACUGCCCAUCCUAGGAUGCUCACCUUCCAAGAUUCAACUUGCCUAAAACAUCUUCUAGUAAAUUGUGUGUCCAUAUUCAUUUUGUCAGUAGCCAGGAGGAAUGGGGACGGAGGAAAUACGACUUAGUGGGGCAUAGACAUCCCUGGUCCAUCCUGUCUCCAGCUGUUUCUUGCAACCUGCCCUCCUGCGUGCUGGUCCCUGACACAGAGACCAUUGCCUCCCCCACAGCCUUUUGACUGAAAAGCUGCUUUGGAGACGCUUUAGAGUAAAACGGCUGAUGGAAGUUGUGGGACCUACUUCCAUUUCCUUCAGUCAUUAGAGGUGGUAGGGAGGGGUCUCUAAGUUUGGAGAUUAAGCAGAUGAGGCUUGGGAUGCCCCUGCUUUGACUUCGGCCAUGGAUGAGGAGUGGGAUGGCAGCAAGGUGGCUCCUGUGGCAGUGGAGUUGUGUCAGAAACAGUGGCCAGUUGUAUCCCCUAUAAGACAGGGUAAGGUCUGAAGAGCUGAGCCUGUAAUUCUGCUGUAAUAAUGAUAGUGCUCAAGAAGUGCCUUGAGUUGGUGUACAGUGCCAUGGCUAUCAAGAAUCCCAGAUUUCAGUUUUUAUUACAAACUGUAAGUGGUCACUUGGCGAUUUUGUAGUCCAUGCAUGAGUUACCUUUUUUCUCUAUGUCUGAGAACUGUCAGAUUAAAACAAGAUGGCAAAGAGAUCAUUAGAGUGCACAACAAAAUCACUAUCCUGUUAGACACAUCAUCAAAAGCUUAUUUUUAUUCUUGCACUGGAAGAAUCGUAAGUCAACUGUUUGUUUCUUGACCAUGGCAGUGUUCUGGCGCCAAAUGGUAGUGAUUCCACAUAAUGGUUCUCUUAACACUUUGGCAGAAAAUGCCAACUCAGAUAUUUUGAGAUACUAAGGAUUAUCUCUGGACAUGUACUGCAGCUUCUUGUCUCUGUUUUGGAUUACUGGAAUACCCAUGGGCCCUCUCUCUCAAGAAUGCUGGACUUCUAGAACAUUAUGAUGAUUGUCAGUACAUUAAACUUUUCAAUCCCAUUAUGCAAUCUUGUUUGUAAAUGUUAACUUUUAAAAAUAUGGUUAAUAGCAUUCAACCUGUUUAUUACAACUUAGAAGGAACUUCAGUGAAUUUGUUUUUAUUUUUUAACAAGAUUUGUGAACUGAAUAUCAUGAACCAUGUUUUGAUACCCCUUUUUCACGUUGUGCCAACGGAAUGGGGUGUUUGAUAUUUCUUCAUAUGUCAAGGAGAUGCUUCAAAAUGUCAAUUGCUUUAAACUUAAAUUACCUCUCAAGAGACCAAGGUACAUUUACCUCAUUGUGUAUAUAAUGUUUAAUAUUUGUCAGAGCAUUCUCCAGGUUUGCAGUUUUAUUUCUAUAAAGUAUGGGUAUUAUGUUGCUCAGUUACUCAAAUGGUACUGUAUUGUUUAUAUUUGUACCCCAAAUAACAUCAUCUGUACUUUCUGUUUUCUGUAUUGUAUUUGUGCAGAAUUCUUUUGGCUUUAUCAGUGUAAUCUCUGCCCUUUAAGAUAUGUACAGAAAAUUCCAUAUAAAUUUCCAUUUAAGUCGAAUGAUACUGAGAAGCCUGUAAAGAGGAGAAAAAAACAUAAGCUGUGUUUCCCCAUAAGUUUUUUAAAUUGUAUAUUGUAUUUGUAGUAAUAUUCCAAAUGAAUGUAAAUAGGAAAUAGAAGAGUGAUGCUUAUGUUAAGUCCUAACACUACAGUAGAAGAAUGGAAGCAGUGCAAAUAAAUUGCAUUUUUCCCAAGUGCCAGUGGCAUAUUUUAAAAUAAAGUGUAUAUGUUGGAAUGAGUCAUGCCAUAUGUAGUUGCUGUAGAUGGCAACUAGAACCUUUGAGUUACAAGAGUCUUUAGAAGUUUUCUAACCCUAUCUAGUGGAAGUUACAAUAUUAUAGCAUGUUUGGGGAGUGCCCUCCUGUCUGCAGGUGUGUCUCUGUGCCUGGGGGCUUUUCUCCACAUGCUUAGGGGUGUGGGUCUUCCAGUGGGGCAUGAUGGACCUGUCUACAGGUGAACUCUGUUGCCUUUGGGUCAGCACAUUUGUUAGUCUCCUGGGGAUGAAAACUUGGCUUACAAGAGAACUGGAAAAAUGAUGAGAUGUGGUCCCCAAACCCUUGACUGACUCUGGGGAGGGGCUUUGUGAGUAGGAUUGCUCUCACAUUAGAGAUAGUUACUUCAAUUUGAAGGCUGGAUUUAGGGAUUUUUUUUUCCUUAAAAUAAAGACAUCACCAGGAUAUGAAGCUUUUGUUGAAAGUUGGAAAAAAAGUGAAAUUAAAGACAUUCCCAGACAAA